ACCCUGAUUUGGGAUAAGGGGCCCUCUCGGACCCCUUCCUCCGACAUGGCAGUUAGGAAGGUGGGGGAGGCCAGGGAAUGGAGCUUUAAACAAACUUAACUGUUCCUGGUAAUUAACUGCUUUGGGGACGCACUUAACUUGGUUUAACCUUCCAUUUGGGGAAUACAGGCUUCAUCCGGGGACAGUGACUGUCCACUUUAUCCCACUCAGACGGCCACUGCCUUCCCCAAGCCAGCAGGUGCCAGUGACAGUUCUGUCUCUCCUGCUCCCUGAGGGGCCUUUGCUCUGAGGCUGUCCCUCCCCUUGGACCUGGGCCCCAACCCCAGGUCAGGUGGCUGCAGAUCUCUGGAACCAGGAUUCCGGGCCUGGGGAGAGAUUUGUGUUAUCAUUGCUAAAACAGAAGCUUCUCCCCUGCCUCCCUGAGCACCAGCUGGGGACCGGACUGGGAGGUGCCUUUGGUAAAUUAUCCUGAUGCUGACCUGUCAGCCAGGUCUGGGGCGUGACACGCAGCUUUCAUCUCCUGAAAUGCAGGCCUGACGCCUGGCUGCUUUGAAACCUUGCCAGCAGGGUGAAGGAGGCCUCCCUCAGCCUCCUCAGGGGAGGGAGAGCCCUUAAGCUGCCCUCACUGCCCCGCCCAGUCAGUCUUGGCCUGGGUCAGCCUCAGUUCCUUCCCAUUGCUGGGCCAGGCAGUUGAGUGCCAUAUUUAUCAGGGUCCCCAUGUGCUUGUUAGUAUGACAAAGCUGAUAUUACUGGUGAGUCCUUUUAAGGGGGCACUGCCUCCUGGGGAAGGGAGGAGUCAGCAGAGAGAGGGUGAGUCAGGAUGGGUCACCACGCCUGCCUUGGCCCAGGCAGCUCCAAGUCCUGGUCCCUACACCCACACACCCCAUUUCUCUCAUCUCCAUUACUGCUGCUCAGACCCCACCUUUUCCAGGCUUCCCGGAGGCCUUUGUGGUCUGCUGCCCUCCCCCUGAGAGGGCACCACAUCCAUCUGCUGCCCUUUGUGGUCUGCUGCCCUCCCCUGGCACCACAUCCAUCUCUGGAUUCAACCGUAACUGUUAGCCCCUCUGGGAAGGGCUCCCCCCAUCCCUGCCUCCCACCUUGUGACUGCUGCCCCAGACCCCUGGCCCCCCUCCCAUGGAUGGAUGGUGCCUCGGGGGGUUCUGCCAGUGUGUCUCCAUAUGGAUGCCCUUCCUACCUGGGCAGUCAGGCAGACUUUCCUGUAUCUAAUGUAUCCCAAACCCUCCAACUGUUGGGGUGAACCUUCUGAGCUCUGGGGGAGACUGACCAUUGACUUUGGAGAGGAAAUUCUUUCUUCUCGACUGUGCCAUGCUGUUGAGCACAGAGGCCUGGAUUUCUUGUCCCCCCGCUAGGCUGAUGUCCAAGACUCCCCAGGAGCCUCUGGGGCUCCUGCCAUCGACCAGCGGAGAGCAGUCUGGGACACCAGCUUGGUGGUGUCCAUGGAUGGGCCACCAGAGUGUGAUGGGCACCCAGAGCGGGAGGAGAGGUGAAAUGGUCACAGGGGCAGCCAGCCCCUCCGGCUGCUGCCCACCUUACCCUCGGUGGCUGCAGGCUGCAGGAGGGCCUGCUUGCCCAUGGCUGCCUCUUGAGCCUUUGCCCCUAAUUCCUCCCCUUCCUCAGGGGUUCCUCUUCUGCCUUCAUAAACGCUUGACCUCCUCUGGGGGCUUCCGAGAAUUGUGCGGCAGCUUGCUCUUGCACAGCACCUCCAGCUCAGCCCCCACCGCACCUCCCUCCAUUCCGCCUUGGCAGGACCCACCUUGUGACCCUCCUGGCAGACAGGACUCCAGAGUUUCAUCAUGACACUGGCCUGCACUGCUCUUUGGAGGGUGAAGGGUCGUUCCAGAAAGGUUUCCUGGAGGAUGUAGACAGGUGCUGCCUCCUUGGUAGUCACCUCCCAGGCCUCCUCCCGCACCGGUGAGCUGAUUGGGAUGGUAUCCCGGGAAACCACUGAAUCUGCCCAGGGCCUGUGCCCUCCCCUGGCCGGCCUAAAUGCCAAAGACGUGCCUCGGAGGAAGCACAAGAGGAAGAGCCGCCAGCAUCAGAGGUUCCUGGCCCACAAGGCCUUGCUGCAGGAGCAGGGGCUGUUGAGCGCACCCCCAGCACUGGGGCUCAGGCUGGCACCAUCAGAGAUGCACCCCAGGGCUGAGUCCGGAGGGGCCCCGGCCAGCAAAAAGCCUGCCCGCAAGGAAGCUGCGGCGCCCUGGCCCAGCAAGUGCGUGGCCAUCGACUGCGAGAUGGUGGGCACGGGGCCCCGAGGGCGGGUGAGUGAGCUGGCCCGCUGCUCCGUGGUCAGUUACCAUGGCGACGUCCUCUAUGACAAGUAUGUGCGGCCCGAGAUGCCCAUCGUGGACUACCGCACCCGCUGGAGUGGCAUCGCCCGGCAGCACAUGCGCCAGGCCAUCCCCUUCCAGGUGGCCCAGAAGGAGAUCCUGAAGCUCCUGAAGGGCAAGGUGGUGGUGGGCCAUGCACUGCACAAUGACUUCCAGGCCCUCAAGUACGUGCACCCGCGGAGCCACACCCGGGACACCACCCACGUCCCCACCCUCCUCAGCCAACCCGGGACCCCCGCACGCACCCGCGUGUCUCUUAAGGACCUCGCCCUGCAGCUGCUCCACAAGAAGAUCCAGGUGGGCCAGCAUGGCCACUCGUCUGUGGAGGAUGCCAUGACGGCCAUGGAGCUGUACCGACUGGUGGAGACGCGGUGGGAGCAGCAGGCCAGCAGCCUCCACCCCGGCGCCAGAGAGCCCGACAGCAGCCCUGACAUGGAGAAGUACAUGGAGGACCAAUACUGGCCCGAGGACCUGACCUAGACCUCCAGUGGAGGGCCGGGGGUGGGGGACACGGGACAUAAGGGAGUGAGUUGGGGAGGUGCACAGGGAGCAGUGGGGGGGCUGCAGCCCCCACGGUCCCAGGAGCUGGGGGGCAGGAGCCCCCAAAUCCUGUCCCUGUCAGGAUUCCAAACCUUGGGCCAGGCUGCUGCGGCCUUCCCUACCCCCAUGGGUAUGCUGCUAGCUCUUUAUCUCAUGCGCUGUGAAGAAGGCAGGGCCUGGUCUCCAGGGCCAGGCAGGAGUAGGGGACGUACCUGCUGCCUGGCCUUCCCACCCCCACACCGUGCCAUCUAAGGAAAUCAGAUCUCCCUCCCCAGGGACGGGGGGAGGUAUCCGUAUCCAGGAGCUCCCUUAUUGGUGGUAAAGUCCUACCUCUUCCUCCAGGGUCGUUUGUUUCUGCUCAGAGGUUCCCUGAAGCUAGAGUGAGGGCUCGCCCUCAGGGAGACGUUUCUCCCUUUCUGAGCUGGACCCCUGACUCUGGCCGCUGCAGGAUCUGGGUUCCAGGCUGGAUGGGACAGCAGAGCCCAUGGGCUCGGGCCCCUCGGUGCUUGGCACCCAAGUCACCAGGCACUACUUCGGGAGGAGGGAAAGCAGAAAGCUCUGGGUGGAUACUGUGGCCUAUUUAUUGGACCCCAAUGAGACCUCCCUCCAGCCCUCCAGCACUGGCUCUCCUAAGCACAAGCCAGCCCUGGGGUCUGUGCGGACUGCACCGAGGACCUUGCUUUAUCACUAAGAGCCAGGCGGCUGGUCUGCAGGGGGCCUCUGCGGUCCUCGGCCGGGUGGGGGUUAGCAGCUGUGCCCUGGACCCACGCUUGGGCUGGUGCUUCCAAGGGCAUUUUGACAAUCCCUGUGGUUAUUGGUUUUCUCCAAAUUUCUAAAAAUGUUCUGUCAGGAUUCCAAACCGAACUCCCCCCACCCCCCGCCACCUCUUGUUUCCUGAGGGGUCAUCUUGGGGCACUGAGGAAGCCGAGAGCUCGGUCACACCGACCUCUGUGCUCACCUCUUAGCAGCUUUAGGACCCAACACAAGUCUGUGACACCCCUCUGGAGCCCACCACCUCACCUGUAAAAUGGGGACAGUGGCACAGCCCGCUGGGAGCUAUGAGGGGGUGGAGGGACAUGCUGAGUGCCCAGUAGGCGCCUGGCCAUGGGCACUAUGGCCCAGGCAGAAAUAUCCCUGGUGGAUCCUCCCAGCAGCCAGGCCCAUCCAGGAGGGAUGCACAGAGGGGUCUGGGUCUCUCCCUUGCCCUGUGCCCAGGAGGGGACACCACCGAGGCCUCUACCACAGGUGGCUCCAUUGCCAGCCCUCCCUGGCAGGCAGGCACCUGGCCGAGUCACUGGCGCCAGCAGCUGACCCCUGUCCAGAGCUUUGUUCUAGAAUCCAGAAAAGUUGGUUACUAAGCCAGACCCACAGCUGAACAGUAGCUUUAUUUCUUUGGUUUGUGGGUGAAGGAAGAAGAAGCUGUUCCCGGGGGGAAAACAUCCUGGGCUUAAGUCAGCUUUGUUGUAAAACCACUUGUUCUGGAAUAAAACUCAACUGGAAAAGUGAAGUGGCCUUUCUGUGAGUUCUCAACCUUGGGUGAGGGGGGGCUAGGUGGAGAGG